CAGCCGAUAGCCGCCAGUCGCGCGGACUUCCUCGUGCGCGCUUGCCGCGUACUCUGUCACUGUUGAAAAACCUUCGGCGUUUUGCGCGGGCAAUGUUGUCGCGAUCGGAGAACUUUUAAAAAAUAUUCUGCGUUGUUUUUUGUUUGUUUUGUUUAUUGUUGGUUAAUGCUGUGGACUAUUUGAAUAUUUAUGAACAAUGGGGAGCACUACCCCGUCUACGUCGUCGUCGCCUCCGAGGCCCGUGAAAAAAGAAAAUGAAGAGGAAAUCAAGGAGUUUGCGGAGACAGCUAUGAACGAGCUGCUCGGCUGGUACGGCUACGAGCGGCUGGAGCUGCGGAGGUGGGCGGCUUCACGAGCCAAAGACGCCUCCAGCCCCGAACAGGCCAAUGAGCAUAAAGACAAAGCUGACUGCUCGUGGUGCAACAAGGCGCUCUCCGGCGAGGGAACGCUGCAGCAGGCGGGAGCGUCGUUCUGCUCCGAGGUGUGCUUCAGCCAAUCACGGAGAGCCAACUUCAAGCGCGCCAAGACCUGUGAUUGGUGCCGGCACGUGCGGCAUACGGUCGCGUAUGUGGACUUUCAGGACGGCGCCACACAACUCCAGUUCUGCUCAGACAAAUGUCUCAACCAGUACAAGAUGCACAUCUUCUGCCGCGAGACACAGGCACACCUCGACUUGAACCCUCACCUGGUGGCGGCGGCGACCGGCGCCAACCUCAUCACCCCAGACCUGUGGCUCAAGAACUGCCGCAGCAGAUCCGCCUCGCCCAACUCCGAAAGAUCUACGCCACCACAAGGAGAGAAUACCCCGAAAAUCACGCCGGAAAAACCAGAGCCAACACGGCCUAGGAAAUCCCCACUACCGCUGAUCACUGUCGCUCCGACAGCGAAGCUCAUGAAGCCGAAAAGGACGUCGGAAGAGCGGAGCCAAAAGUCUCCGGAAGCUAAAAAGGAUUUGAGGAACAAAGUCAAUCUGCGGAAGCGGAGAACGUCCAAAUGUUCUUCAACUGUGACGUCACAGACUCGACAGCACACGACGACCCCUAAAGCGCAGGAUCUGCGCAUGUGCAGUCCGCCAGGCAUGGAUGGACCGUCCCCAGCGUCCACCGUUGGGACGGGCUUGCACUCACCUCCGCACCCGAUCAACCCGCAUCAAAUGCCGCCUCCGUUCCAGAAUCCUCUGUUCGGGAUGCCUCCAGCACCGCCGUUCAUGGACUUUCCCCACGGUCCAAUGCACGACCCGAGACAUCCGAACAUGUUUCCGCCUCGACCACCCUUCAUGCCUCGACCGGGGAUGGCCAUGCCACAAGAGAGGCCGCGACUGCCAUUCCCACUGAAUGUACCUCAACCGUUGGGCCAACCUCCGCCUGUCACCGUCUUGGUACCCUAUCCAGUGGUUCUACCCAUUCCUAUACCGAUACCAGUACCGAUACCCAUGAGUGCAUUCCUCCGCGCCCACAUGACUAAUCCCACCAAAGUCAAGACGGAACCCACAAAUGAUGAAAACGAAGGGCCUUUAGACUUUACCAUGAACAGUGACAAGAAUAACGAAGAGCCAAAUGUAGAAGUGAACCCUAAAGCAACUGAGCCUGAACCAGUGGAGACUAGCGAAGUGAAUGAAAGGAUUGAGGAAGAUGACAGAACAGAUGAGGGAAGCGAGACAGGCAACCCUGAGCAGACAUUACCCAAGUUCAAGAUUACGCGGUUAGGAAACAAAUUGGCAAAGAUAGUCACAAAACCCCGGGAUUUGUCGGAAUCGUCUCGGCCGUUGCGGAAACGACGAAGACUAGUCGAGGUCUCAAAUGACGAAGAUACACUGAUGCCGAAGCCGAGGAAAAUCGUUCAAGUUUAAAUAAUUCGCUUCUCUAAAUAUGAAAUACAUAUCACACAAGACAUUAAAUGCUAUUCUGAACUGAGUUCUAUGUAUUUUCAAAUUGCUAGUCGUAGCUUUAAGAUGUGAUUAGGUUUACUUAGUUUAUUUAAUUUAGUUUUAGGAAUAUUAUCUGAAUAUAUAAAUGUAUAAAUUUAAGAUCUUCUAGAGCGCACUGUUAAUGUGAUACUAGUAAGUUAUUGUUACUAUUUAAUUUUGAAAGUUAUGCUGUAGGUACUUUAUGUGUAAUUAUAGGAUUUUAUGAAUAUUUCCAAAAACUGGAAGUAUUAUUAUCGAGUAUGUUCAUGGAAAUGUAAACAUAGAACAUGCCAGAAGUAAUGAAUGUACUUGCACCUAAGUAAACAUAAUAAAUAAUACCUGUUCUAAAAGCUGUUUUUGUAAGGAGAUUAAAUAAAACCAAAUAUAUGUAAUGCCUCUCAUGUUAGAUCUAGACUUUAAUGUCAGGUCUUGUUCAAUAAUAUCAAUAAAACGUUCAUUGAAAAAUAUUCAUUGCUAUAUUAACUCAACAUCUUACUAUCUAACUGUUUGACCUCACAAGUUACUUGAUUUGAAUUGUGUAAAAUUAUUCUGAGAU